CUGACGUCAGAGGGCGCGCUGCCCGGAGCGCUCGUCCCGCUUCCAAGAUGGCGGCGGGAGCCGGGAAGGUGAAGCAGGACAUGCCGCCGCCGGGCGGAUACGGCCCCAUCGACUACAAGAGGAACCUGCCCCGGAGGGGGCUCUCGGGCUACAGCCUCUUUGCAAUUGGACUGGGGACCCUCAUCGUCGGCUAUUACAAUAUAGUGAAGUGGAACCGAGAGAGGAGACGUCUGAACAUUGAGGAACUGGAGACACGGAUUGCCAUCUAUCCUCUUCUAUUGGCGGAGAACGACCGGAGGACCCUGCGCCUCUUGCGGCAGAAUUUGGACGAGGAAGCCAAGAUCAUGAAGGACGUCCCCGACUGGCAGGUGGGCGAGUCCCGCUACCACACCACCCGCUGGACGAACCCCACGAUAGACGAGCUCUACUUCCUGCACCCGCAGAGCAAGCAGGAAGAAAUGAAAUUCGGGUGCCAGUUCUACGUGUGAGCUGCCCGGGAGGCAAGGGGAGAGGGCUGUGGGGUGGGCAGCCCGUUUCUCACAAUAUAUUUCUCAAUAAACAAAUCUGGAAGGGAA